AUGCAAUUGCCCCUUGCCUCCCUCCUCGGCGUCGCGGCCCUCGCUUCGCAGGCGUCGGCUCACGGCCUCGUCACCAAGCCCGAUGCGCGGACGCCGGGCGACGCGACAGCGGCGGUGUGCGGCAAGACCAUGGUGGAUUUCUACAAGGCCGACAACACGUCGUACCCCGAGGCGCUGCUCCGGGCCAACCCGAACGGGCUGAAGGACGGCUACGACGCGGCCAAGUGCGACCUCUGGCUGUGCAAGGGCUUCCAGUUCGCCGACAACAAGGACCACGUGCAGAAGUACAAGCCCGGCGACGUCGUCGACAUGGAGGUGUUCAUCAGGAUACCGCACAAGGGCUACGCCAACGUCAGCGUCGUCGACACCACCACCAACAAGGUCAUCGGCGAGGCGCUCAAGACCUGGGCCGAUGACUACGCCGCCACCAACACCCCGCCCAAGGACCAGACCUCGUUCAGCGUCACGAUCCCCGAUCUGGCCGGCAAGUGCACCGAGGCCGGUGUCUGCGCUCUCCAGUGGUACUGGUUCGGCCAGGGUCAGACUUACGAGUCAUGCAUCGACUUCACCGUUCCCGCUGCGGAGGCCGCCCCGGCCGCCGUCCGGGGUCGCUCAUGGUACUGA